AUGGAUAGAAUCCGCAUGCUCUUCCAGAACCUGCAGUCCAGCUCCGAGUCGGUGAUGAACGGGGUCUGCCUGCUGCUGGCCGCUGUCACUGUCAAGCUGUACUCUUCCUUCGAUUUCAACUGCCCCUGCCUGGCACGCUACAAUGCCCUCUAUGGCCUGGGCCUGCUGCUCACUCCUCCGCUGGCCCUCUUCCUCUGUGGCCUCCUUAUAAAUCGACAGUCUGUGGUAAUGGUGGAGGAGUGGCGCCGACCCACAGGACGCAGGAAGAAGGACCUAGGCAUCAUCAGGUACAUGUGCUCCUCGGUGCUGCAGAGGGCUCUGGCGGCACCGCUGAUAUGGAUCCUGCUGGCCCUCCUGGAUGGGAAGUGCUUCGUGUGUGCCUUCAGCAACUCCGUAGACCCAGAGAAGUUUCUGGACUUUGCCAACAUGACGCCCAGCCAGGUGCAGCUCUUCCUUGCCAAGGUGCCUUGCAAGGAGGAUGAGCUGGUCAGGAACAGCCCCGCACGCAAGGCUGUGUCCCGCUACUUGCGAUGUCUGUCACAGGCCAUCGGCUGGAGCGUCACUCUGCUGUUGAUCACGGUGGCCUUCCUGGCCCGCUGCCUGAGGCCCUGCUUCGACCAGACGGUCUUCCUGCAGCGCAGGUACUGGAGCAACUACGUGGACUUGGAGCAGAAGCUCUUCGACGAGACGUGCUGCGAGCACGCGCGGGACUUUGCGCACCGCUGCGUGCUGCAUUUCUUCUCCAGCAUGCAGAGCGAGCUGCGGGCUCUGGGCCUGAAGCGGGACCUGGCAGGUGGGAUCCCGGAGCCACAGGCGUCCCCGGAGCCUCCAGAGCCCCCAGAGGAUGUGGACGGUGGCAGUGGCAAGGCGCACCUGCGUGCGAUCUGCAGCCAGGAGCAGGUGGACCGCCUCCUAAGCACCUGGUACUCGAGUAAACCGCCACUCGACCUUGGGGCACCAUCUUCCAGGCUCUGGGGUCCUGGCCUCAACCACCGCCUCCCCGUGGGGGCUCCCAGCACCAAGCUGCGUCAUCAGACUGAUGUGUAG